AUGAAGAGAUUACCAUAUCCCCUAGCUCCUUCUAAAAAGGACAAGGAAAGGCAGUUCAUGAGGUUUAUGGACAUAUGCAGUAAACUUCAAAUCAACCUACCCUUUAUGGAGGCCCUAGAACAAAUGUCCCAAUAUGCCAAAUUUAUGAAGAACCUCCUCGCCAAAAAAAGGUGGUUUCGAGAUGAAGAGACAAUUGAAUUGGAAGCUAGAUGCAAUGCCAUCAUUCAGAAACCUUUACCGGGAAAUUCUAAGGAUCCUAGAGGCUUCACCAUUGCAAUCUCAAUUGGAGAGAUAUCUGUUAGUAAAGCCCUAUUGGAUUUGGGAGCUAGUAUGAAUUUAUUACCCUUGUCAUUUCUGAAACAGCUGGGAAAGAUUGAAGUUAAGCCGACAAGGAUAACCUUACAACUAACAGAUAGAUCUAUUAAGUAUCCCUAUGGGGUGGCUGAAGAUGUGCUUGUAAAAGUAGACAAAUUUUUCUUCCUUGUUGAUUUUGUGGUGAUGGACAUAGAGGAAGACACUGAAGUCCCUCUCAUUGUGGAACAUGGAACAUUAAAGAUCGGAGCUCAAGAUGAAGAGGCUAAAUUUGAAGUAUUUCCAUCCACCCAUGGUGAAGGACUGCCCACAGCCGAGGAUAACUUGUAG